GGCUACAGAUGGGAGGGUCCCUGCUGAGUGGGUCCAAAAUGGAGUUGAGAUUUCAUCCUAAAUUCUCAAAACAUACCCUCAAUCACACCUGAAGUGAGCUCCAGAUGAAAUGGAGGCAUCUCCACGUUCCCUGACCUCCUAUACCCUGUGUCCCCUUGACCAGAAGUACAGUUGGGAGCAGCUUUGGCAGCUGGAACAACACUUCAAGAUGGAACCCUACCCAGACCUCCAGGCUCGAAAGAUCAUGGCCACAGAACUCAAACUGAAGGAGGAACAAGUUGAGGCUUGGUUCAUCCAGAGAUCCUUGGAGCAGGAGAUGCGCCCUCCCUUGGCCAGACUGCAGCCUUCUGCCCGGGAUGAUACCUCUUCUCCUUCCGACAAAGCCCCCUGUUGCCACCUACCAAGCUGGAAGUACAGGCUGGUUCCCAUCAAUCUCCCUGAGUCCUCAACCAGCUGUAAGCACACCUCUAUGUCCAAACUUCAGCUCACCCACGAGCAGUACCGGGAGAUAAGAAGGCACUUCCGGUUAGACCCCAACCCAUCGGAGAAGACUCUGGAGGCCUUGGCUGAUGCACUCAACCUGAAAAAGAAACACGUCAAGGCCUGGUUCCACAUGAUGCAGAAUCAGAGGUUGCGCUACUUGCUUUCUAAGAUCUACAGGCAGCAGAGAAUGUUGUGUCGCCAGUACGUAUCAAGAGCGACCACACAGACGAACCCCGAGGAGUCCUCUCAAAAUGACCCUGGACUCCCAGAAGCUUUGGAAGCCUUGAAGAAUCUCACACUCUCUGGAUUCCAAAGCACAGUUGGUCCGUCACAGGAUUGCUGACUUCAACUUCCUUGUUGGGGCAGGGGACGUUGGGAUUUAU